GACGUAAAUUAACCAUUGUUGGGUUAAGUUAAAAUCGCGUUUAAUCGGUAAAUUUUCUAUUUUAAGUUGUUUAUUAAUUUUUAAAUAACUGUGGAGAAUUUAAUAAUUUAAAGAAACAAAAUUUGGAUUAAAUUAUGAAAACGGUUUUUGCUUGAAAAGAAACGGAAUCGUAAAAAAAAAACUAACGGAUCAAAACCAAAAUAAAAAUUUAUAAUUUUAGAGAAAAAAAAAAUAUUUUUUGUUUUUGUCAAAAAUAUUUUAAAUUCAAAUCAUUUCAUACUUCGCAACAAGUUUUUUAAAAAAUUACUAAAAAUUUUUUUCGAAGAAGACGAACAUAAAUCAAUCUUUUUCAAUGUCUGCAAUGGCUUCAAGUGAAUACACUUUGGGUAUAAGUGAUGGACGUACAUCAUCGCGUGUAUUAAAACCUCCAGGCGGUGGUCAUUCGAAUAUAUUUGCUCCGCCAGAAAUGGAAGUACCUAAACCAAGACCAAAAUACAAUCAACAAAAUUCAUCAAAUUUAAAUAGCUGUAUGAAUACGGUUGAUCCAAACGAAGCCGUAGCAAAAAUUACGCCAGAUGCACCAUCACCGGUAGAAUCAAGACCAGCAGUUAUAACGAAUAAUAAUGUUGCUGCCCAAAAAGCCCCAUCGACUGAACGUUCAGUUCCAGCUCCGUCACCUCCUACUACAAAUGGUUCUAUCCAAAAUGGAAAUGGUGUUGCAGUUGAGAAAAAGUCAACACCAAUUAUAGAAAAACCAUCUACAUUAGCAAUAGAGAAACCGUCUACCCCAGUUGCCCCACCGGCUGCACCAUCAUCUCCAUCACAAAGUGGUGGACGUGUUCGACAACCACCAGGCGGUUAUUCAUCUGGGCUAUGGUAAAUUAAUUAUAGUCCACGUACGACUUAAAGUUUAACAAGACAAAAUUUUGAAAAAAAAAAAUAUAACAUACAAAAAAUAACUCAAAAUAAGCACCAAAAAAAUUAUAAUUUGUUUUUUAAUAUUGUAUACAAUUUACUAAUUUUUCAGAUUAAAAUUUACCAAAAAAAAUUAAAAAAAAAGUAUUUUUUUUAUAGUAAUUUCAAAAACUAAAUUUAAGAAUUUAAAAUUAAAAAUUUUCUUAUUAAGAAUGUUUAAGAAUUUACGCUGCAUUAUUUUUAAGUUCUGUUUUUUUUUUUCAGAAAGAAAUAUAAAAUUUUUUAAUAAAAAAAAUUUUAAAACUUUUUGAAUUAUGAUUAUUCUUAAUAAGAACUUAUAACAAAAUAAUAAUACAAAAUAAUAAAUGUUUAUUUUGUGAAUUUGUUUUUAAUUAAUUAUGUUAUUAAUCAAAAAAUUCUUGCAAUUAAAUUACACAUUGAUAAACUUAGU